UCAACGCGAGAGGGAGAAAGAGGGAGGAGGACAGCACAAAUCAACCUGCCUCUUGACUUAACAACAGAAUAGAGGAGCCGGUAGACACAAGAGAUCAGGGAAGUGUGUGCUCUGUGUGUGUGUGUGUGUGCGUGUGUGUGUUGUGUUUCUUUUAUUUUUGGACAGAGGAAGAGAACUGCAGACAGGAGGAACUGAAGGAGGAGAAGAAGGAGCCUAACCGUGGAGAUAGAUAGCAGAAAAAUGCUGUCAUGGGGAGAGAAGGGGAGGGAGUCGGCAGAGAGGAACAGGAUGAAACAAGGCAGGGUCGAACGGAGCUGAAAUGUGGAGGUGGCCAGUGGACGAGACCAAAAGGGAAGCUGCAGGCACUGAAGAGUGCAGACGAAUGGAUGUCAUGUUCAAAGUGUCGAUGAAGGCAGGGCCUUUCCUACACAGAGGGCGGAGAGUCAGGCUCCAGUGAUGAUCCUCUCAUCCUCACUCCACAGGAAGGAGCCCCCUGCAACUGGUGUACCACCAAAACACACAUCUGCACACCUGGACGGUCCCCUGCAACGAGAAACAGCUGCACACUCUCCUCAUCAGAACUUAAUUUACACUCAAGAACUCGGUGACUUGUGAUAACAAAGUGUGGCCCAAGGGUUGAGAAAGUUCAACCAUCUUAAGUGGUGUAAAUGAGGACUAUAUUUGUUGCUUUCACUCAGCGGGGUUUUUCAUCUUUGUGCACAGCUCUCACACACCACACCAGCACCAUAGAGACCAGGACAGAAAUUUAACUGGGAGAGCAGAAAGCUCUGGACCAGAUCGGUUUCUCAGGCACCAUGCAGUCAGACGACCUCUUCAUCCGCAAAUUUCGCCGUCAGAACGUGCGACCACCUAUUGCCGCUGUCAACUUUGACCCCAAGCGGGAGGGCGUAGGUGUAGUGGAGUGGCCGCCCAGGAGGGACGGUGAUGGAGCUGAUGGAGACAGCCUCACUCCAAGCCUCGUGGGGCUGCGGUCGGUGGGCCGAGGCCACAUCAUGCAGAGAAGUAACAGCGAUGUAACUUUAGGAGACUUGGACUCCUCUGGGAAGGCGGGGGGCAAAGUAGCACGGGUGGUUGGUGAGAAGGCAGGUGCAGGGGCUCAGGGGGACUCGGGUGUGCUGCUACACAGGGAAUACGGCAGCCUGUCCUCACUGGAGAGACAGACUCAGGCCCAGGAGCAAAGCGCAGACGACCAGGGGCCCCUGAGUCCAAAUGCUCUCCGCUUCAAAGACCCUUUCCUGCUUUUAGGACUGCAGGGCAACCCUCCGGAGCCUGAUGGCUUCUUUCGGGGUCUGUCUGUUUCCACAGGGGACUCCCCGAAACCUGCCAAACCGCCGAAGCCUGAAGGUCUAGGUAAGAAGUCCAAACCUGUGUACUCUCAGAUCCCUCCACCUGGCCCGUAUGAUAACCUCGGUGGCGGAGCCUGGGUGAGGAAUUUUGCCCACUACGAUGUUCAGAGCAUCCUGUUUGACCUCACCGAGGCAGCCACAAACAGAGACAGCAUUGGACGGAAAAAGAAUAUCACCUCAGGGGCUUCAGCCGCCUCCCAGCUGCGCCCACUCUCCCAGGCCACCCCGUCCUCACCUGCACAGGGUGGGGGAGGCAACGGGGGGAACGCAGAUGACCCUGAGCAAUCGCUGCUGCUGGACGAAGGUGAUGGCAAUGAUAAUGAGCUGCUGCUCAGCUGCCCUCACUUUCGCAAUGAGACGGGGGGAGAAGAACAGGUGGGUCUGGGUCAAUCCCAGGGCAGGCGGUGGCUUUGGUCGAGCCUGCGAACACCCAAUGACGCAGUGUCGGUCCUGGAGGAGCCCAGAGAAAGUCACGUCCAACAGCAGGGCAAGAGCAACUACUUUAUAGAGCAUGCAGAUCUGGGAGCCCAUUACUAUCGCAAAUAUUUCUACAUGAAAGAACAUCAGAAUUUCUUUGGUAUGGAUGAUCGCCUCGGUCCUGUGGCCAUCAGUUUCCGUAGAGAGGAGAAGGAAGGAUCCAGCGGUGCUCAGUACAAUUACAGAAUCAUCUUUCGCACCACAGAGAUGAAGACACUGCGAGGUUCCAUCUUGGAGGAGUCGGUGCCCUCAGCCGCUCGUCACACCACCCCGAGGGGCUUGUCUCCCAAGAGGCUGCUGGAGUUCAUCAUGCCUGAACUGAACCUGCACUGCCUUCGCUUGGCCUCAAACUCACCCAAGGUCCGGGACACUCUGCUGAAGCUGGAUGAACAGGGGCUGAAUUUCCAGAGAAAGGUCGGGGUGAUGUACUGCCGGGCCGGGCAGAGCUCGGAGGAAGACAUGUACAAUAACGAGAGCUCGGGGCCGGCGUUUGAGGAGUUCCUAGAUCUGCUUGGGGAGCGGGUGCGGCUGAAGGGCUGGGAGAAGUACAGAGCUCAGCUGGACAACAAGACGGACUCAACGGGGACACAUUCCCUCUACACGCGUUACCAGGACUACGAAAUUAUGUUUCAUGUGUCCACUAUGCUGCCCUACACAGCCAACAACACACAGCAGUUGCUGAGAAAGCGGCACAUCGGUAAUGACAUCGUGACCAUCGUGUUCCAGGAACCCGGCGCUCUGCCGUUCACUCCAAAGUCCAUCCGCUCCCACUUCCAACAUGUCUUCAUCAUCGUUCAAGUUCACGAGCCCUGCACAGACAACACCUAUUACAGGGUGGCUGUGACACGCUCUAAAGACAUACCAUUAUUUGGCCCACUGUUCCCUAAGGGCGCCCGCUUCCCUCGCUCGCUUGCCUUCAGAGACUUCCUCUUGGCGAAGGCAGUGAACGCUGAAAACGCUGCGGAGAAGUCAGAGAAGUUCCGCUCCAUGGCUACCCGUACGCGGCAAGAAUACCUGAAGGACCUGGCCGAAAACUAUGUGACCACAACACCCAUCGACUCCUCCACCAAGUUCCCCCUGCUCUCCCUGGGAGGCAAGCGCAAAGACAAGCUGAAGGGAGCCAAAGGGGCCGAGCUGCACAGUGCCGGGGCUCUGGUGUGGGCUGUGAUGGUCAACAGCGGGGAUGAUGGGGAGGCAGGAGAGCACAAGCUGCCCUGUCUGCUUGGGGUGUCGGCUGAGUCGGUGGUGCUCAUUGAAAGGUACACACGCAGGGUGGUGUUUAACUGCUCCUGCCGGGAUGUCAUCGGCUGGAAGGCAGUCACAGAGACUAAAGAUGGAGGGCCCUGCUUGGAUAUCUAUUAUGAACGUGGGGAGUCAGUGUCAAUCAGUGUGAUGGAGAACCAAGCGGAGGAUAUAAAAGAGGUGGUGCAGAGGCUUGAGCUGGUUACCAGGGGCGGCGAGGCUCUGGAGAUCACCCCCCUGCGUGAUGGAGUGGGGCAGCCCGGCUUCCUGAUGAACGAAGAGGGCUUUGUGACAGAGCUGCAGCGGUUCUGCUACGCUGAGAGCGGAGGCCUACAGCUAUGGGCUCGUGUGGUGCGGCUGUGCGGACACUCCCUGGUUCACCUCAGCCCCGAGGAGAGGACCAGGCUGCUCCGCACUGCACACAAGAUCCACAUCACUGUUAUUCCACCGGAUGAGAACGGCAAGCCUCGCAGGAGUUUCUCUGAGCUGUACCAGAAAGCCAUCAAGGACGCAGAGUGUAAGCCCGGCGAGGAUCAGUCCGGAGAGGCCUGGGUGCUGGAUGAGAGGGAAGAAGAGGAAGAGGAGGAGGAGGAGGAGGAGGAAGACAAGCUGAAGGCGGGUUCAGUCAAUGAGGUGGACAUAAUGGAGGUGCAGGUAGAGGGCGAAGAGGUCGAGGAGCAGUUGUCUGAUAAGGAGCAAAAUGAGAGAAGUCAUGGCUUGCUCCUCACACCGCCCAGCUUACCUUUGUUACGAGCCACUUCUCUGCAGGACCAACCGGCCAAUCAGAGCCAGGAGGACAGCACCUUGCAGCUCACACGCAGCUACUCUUUAGAGAGACAGCCGUCCUAUGGAGAUACAUGUGAUGGGCACGUGUACGACAACGUGGGGAGGAAGGUGGAGCGCCACAUCUAUGAGAACGUCGGGGAGCUGCGAGACGCCACACCUGAUCUGAUCCUAGCUGUCAAACCCAAGGUUCCCCUGGAGGACGAACAGUUCAUGGGGGCUGAGUUUGGUGAAGACAAAGCUUCAGCUAGUGACUCCUCUCUCUCGACUUCCCGGUUGUCAUGUGUGGACCGAGCUGAAAGAAAUUCACGAGCCCUAAGUCUUCAUAACUCCAUCACCAAGAUUCUCUCAGAAACGACAGAUUCGACCGAAGAGGAAUGGCAGUCCAUCGCUGACCUGGCCACAGCCUGCCGCAGCAUCCUGGAGGCUCUGUCACGAGAGGACCGCAAAGCCGGAGACCCUUCCCAAGCAGGAGGUGACCAGACAGACGGCAAGCUGAAAGACUCAAAGGACAGUGACUCUCCAGGCCACCUAGAAGAGAAGGUAUCGCAGCUGGAGGCCAUGCUGAAGAAGCUGCAGGAUGACCUGCAAAAGGAGAAAGAGGACAAGGCGGUGCUGCAGGCCGAGGUGCAGAGCCUCAGGCAGAACAACCAGCGGCUGCAGGAGGAGUCGCAGAGCACGGUGGCCCGCCUCAUCAAAGUCACCGAGCUGCUGUGCAACGUCAACAAGCCCUGUUAGCCUCACCACAGCACGCACAAACACACGAAGAUGCAAAUCGUACAACGUGCUUGUGCACUCAGUACACUUAUUUCGUCCGUACAUAUUUGCUAAAGCAAACACACACACGCACACACGUAUCCUCUCCAAUCCGUGUAUUACCACAGUCUCAGUCCUGAACCCUGGACCUGCCUGUUGGUGAGGGAGUAUGCAAAUCAACUCAUAAAAAAGAAAAUAAUGACAUUUUAAACAUCUCAUGACCCUCACAGACUGACCAACAAACGGCUCUCAGGCUGCUGUGUUGUUGCGCAAUGCCAGAGUGCUUCUCUUGGUGUGUGUAUGAUAAUGUGCGUGGAUGUGUGCCACAUGUGUGCGUGUGUGUGUGUGUGUGUGUGUGUGUGUGUGUGCGUGUGUAUGUAUACUGUAUGUGUGCAUCUCUUACUGUACUUUGCUUCAAAUACUUGACAAGCUGGGCUGAAUAGCACUUGCAUAAAGAGUGGCAAUUAAGACUGAGAGACACUGUAUAGCAUGUUUUGGUGGUGUCUUAUCUGAAAUGACCAAAAUUGUAUAUAUAUAUCACCAAUAAUAUAUGUGAACAGUAGUAUUGCUAUUCUCUCUGCCAGGCGUGUAGUUGCAAUGUCUGCGUGUGGCGCUGAUAGUGUGGAAGGCCUUGAAACAAAACACAAAAAGGAAAAAAAAAAAAAAAAAAAAAAAAAAAGGGAACGUGACAAUGACAGGCCUGUAGGCAGCCUUCUACUUCAAAAGAUGUAAUGAUGCUAACUGACUAGCCUCAGAGCAAGGUCUGUUAUGUAAGGACAUCACUCUCUGCCCUCUUCACUUUUCAGUAGUACUGUAUUUAAGAAAUUCUGGAGUUUUUAGGGAGAGACGAUUUUUAAAACCCCAUAAAUGAAAGGGACAUAAACUGGAAAUGUUAAAAAAAAAAAAAAAGAAAAAGAAAAAAAAAAGAUCUGAGCAUGCUUGUUCCUCCUGGAGGGGUGUGUGAAAACAGAAACUGAAAAGGGUUAUACCUCUCCUGAAGACACAGACAAUGGCAGGAAAGAACUGCUUCAGCUUCCUUCCAUGAUUGCCUGUAGCAGUUUUCUUCUAACCUCACUAUUGUAGCAGCCAUACUGUAGAAGUUCUCCUCCUGCUGGCCUGAACCACAAAAUGCCAAAUGGCAGCUUUUCUUUCAGCUGGCAAAAUAGCUUUAGGUGUCUGAAUAAAACACCUUAAACGAAUAGUGAAAAAUACAGAAUAUUGUAUUUAAAUAUGUUUUGUGUUUGGCGGAUGUCUACAGUGACUAUUUUGGGUAAUUGUUUAGUAUGGCUUAUGAGUGGUAGCGGUAAGGACAAUAGAUGAAAUCUUACCAUUCCCACCCUGAUGUGUGUUUGUGUAUGUUUCUGUGUCGUUCUUGCACUUUUAUUUUUGUCAAAUCAGCACUGGACAGGGCACAUACUGUACUUUAUUUAACCUGCCCGGGUUAUACCCUGCUCAACAUAAGAAGGUGGAUAAGAUCUCAUCCCCCUGACACCACCUUACCUCACCUUUUUGUGUGUCAGCUGCUGACGGCGCCAAUAACAAAGUGUGUUCAGAGGAGAUGGACUGCUUUUCCUCAGUGCCAACGAUAAAGCCCAGGCAGCUCUCCUGAAUCCCACCGAAAUCAAGCGGAACUGACCCAACCACAAACUAUGAACUCUGAACAACUCUGACAUAAACAGAUGCCAAACGUUUGCCAGUCACUCAGACUCUCAAUGCUCUUGUUUCUUGUACAAAAUUCCUCUUGUAAUUUUAUUUUAGAGUCACUGUGAAUACCUGGUACCAGCAUAUUAAGAUACAGUAUAUACAGAUUAAAUUAUGAAUCUAAACUUUAUCAGUAUGUGAAGAUACUGUAUGUACAGCUCAAUUGUUCCAUGUUACUUAGUGCAUUGGGUCGUGUACGCCCUCCUUUUGCAGGAUGAUUAUGCAGACAAGUGUUCAUCGUGGCCAUGCAGGUUGUUUCGUCUCCUGUACAUGCUGAAGCCUCAUGAGUUAACAGGGAGAAGCCGGUGUGAGAAGACCUGUUUUACUGUGUCUUGUAUAGUUAUUUAGAUUGUAGGAGGUUGGCCAAGCAUGAGAAUGUGCCAAGCAAACUUCCAAGCUCCCCUUCUGUAUGUGUGUAUGUAUAAAAAAUGUAACUUAUUAAUCAUGCAAAUGUGGAUCUUCUUGUAGCUGUUUAAACUGGAGGGAAGUCGCGAGGAAAAAAUGUGAAAUAGAGCAGAAAGGAAAGGUGGGCUUGGUUAUACACUUUAGUUUCUUUUUUAGAAAACCAACAACCAUCAUAUGACAAAAUACUAUCUGCAAAUCUUGCUUAAUGUGACUAUUAUUAUCAUUCUAGUACUGAGCUAUGUCAGCUGUAGCUCUCACAUAUUUAAUAAGGUCUUAAACACCAUUAGGUACGCCUUAAUGAGUGCAACUUUCAGAAUGGAUGGUCAAACUGGUGUUAUGUGAAGGCUUAUUUCUCUGACUUUGUGCCUACCUGAAAAUGUAAUGUAUGUCAACCCAGCUUAGUGAUCUCAUUUCUUUGUCUUUUGGUUGCACUGGAUGAGGGUUUUUUUGUGUGUGUAUGUGGCAUGAUUAAGGAUUUCUAGGAGACCGUCACAACAGCUGGUCUUUCAUCUGCCAUGUGAGGAAAAGUCAUUGGGUGACACAUAAAACAACAGAUAGUAAUACAUGUGUGUUGUUUGGUCUCAAGCAUCACUGAAGGUUUACAGCUCAAUGAGUACCACCGAUUGUUAAAAGAAGCAAACCGACAAAUAUAUGAUUUUUAAAAAGUGAAUUAAAAGGAAAAAGGUGCUUAACAUGAGUGAUGAUGCAUUGAAAUCAAGUUUAAAUUGACAUGAAUGUGCUGAACCACGUAUGCUUCC